AUGAGCAAAAGACAAUUCAAAACGCAGGCGUCGAGCAGUCGAGCGGUUUCUGGGAAGCCUUUUGGCGGGUUUGGAGGUGUCUCGAAUCGAAGCACCCUGUCAUAUGUGGCAGAGGUGCCUGACUUGUCAUCCAUUACGGAUCCGAAUAUCGUUGUGGCAUUCAAGAGUCUCUUGAAAGCAGAUGGCACAACCAAGAUCAAGGCGCUGGAAACCAUUGACGAACAUAUCGCACAACAUCCCAACACAGAAGGAGGGGUUGAGGGUCCUAUAUUAGAAGCAUGGAUCAAGUUCUAUCCACGGCUUUCAGUCAAUAACAAUCGACGAGUCCGCGAACAGGCUCAUACUAUCCAGGUCAGACUUCUACAAUCGGCUCGUAAACGAAUGGAACGGAAUCUUCCUGAUACAGUUGCGAGCUGGCUUUCCGGGUGUUACGACAGAGACGGGUUUGUCGCCCGCGCAGCUCAAAAUGGACUCUCAACGUUUCUCGAUAAAGACAGCAAGGUAACAGCUUUUUGGACCCGUUGUCAAGAACGAAUUCUCGAUUACGCCAAUGAGGCCAUUGAUGAAACUCCAGAGACCCUUAGUGAUGAGCGGAAUACCACUCCCGAGGACGCACAAAUAUUGUACCUUCGUGUAAUUUGCUCCGGUAUAUCUCUUGUCACGAACCUUCUCAUUAAAUUGCAAAAAGAUGAUAUUUUGAAGUAUCAAGAUAAAUACGAGAGUUUUCUACGCCACAAGAAGCUGUGGGCGUUUGCUUCGUCAGACGAUGCUUUUGUCAGAAAACAACUGUAUCAUUUGCUCGUGACUUGCUUAGAGAAGCAGCCAGAGGCCAUUGAAAAUUCUCUUGAGCCGAUCAGCCGCGGAUUCAUAUCAAAAGGCCUUUCGUCCCCCCAAUCAACAUCCUCGCUUCAACUUUUAAAUGCUUUACAGAAAUUGACAGCACAAUUUCCUCAAGUCUGGACAACCUCUUUUGGCCGGGGCACCCCCUUUCCCAAGAUUCGCGAUUUUGUCAAAAAGGGCUCCCAAGGUGGUCCUGCGGAUUUCUGGCCGACUCUGCAAGUCACUUUGAAAUCCUUGCCUGAAGGAGUCCUUCCUACAGACAAAGAAACCUGCCUCGAAUUUUUGACAGAAUUCAGGAACGCUGUCCAAAGCAGAGACCAGCCAAGGCAACAUGCAGACCCAGCUUGGAAAAGCUACUUUAAAACCUUAGAACUGUUGCUAAGAACAAAUCCCGAUCCUACAUUUCAAGCAUCGCUCUUCCGAGAUGCCAUGUGCCCAACAUUUGACAAGUAUUUCCAAGGGGAACAGGAACGUAUUCCUAUAACUACUGGUGCAUUGGCAGAAGCAUACAGUAUAUGGGCGACGAACGGAACUAUCAAACCCCAAGAUGGCCCUACACUAUACAUGCAAAAGCAUGCCAAUGCCUUCAUUGCCAGAACUCUGAGCACCGCUCAUGUUCAGCCCGAAGAAACAGAGGAAUACAAAAUGGGCCAGAAAAAAGUGAUCGCCGAGGCCCAUCGAUGGUUUUCAUUACUCGCUGAAGUUUUUCAAGCAAAGAUGGCAGAAGCUUCAGAAAAACCUAUUUUAUCUUCAUGCGCAGGCAUAAUUACCUCAGCAGUCAAGACAGUGGUUGCUACGGAGGGCAAGUCGUACUCUGCUGCCGCAAUCGUGGAGAUUGCUUUGAGACUGACACCGAGUGCUGUUAGCGACUCCUCAGAUGUCUUAGAUUCUGUGACAGGCUUGCUCGAAACCAAUCUUCCACAGUCAGCAUAUAUUCAAUCUUCGUCUUCGCGUUAUCUCAUAUCGACGCUGUUUAUCCUUCGGUCAUUCCAAAGUUGGAAGGGAUCUUUUGAGAAUAUUUGGCUGUCUGCUGUCAAGCAACUCUGUUCCUCCUCCAACACAACUCGGAUUUGGACACCACUUCAGGCCAUUCUCGCUGAUGAGUCUGUUUCGAGUCUGGCGCAGUCAACCAAAGAACUGCAAGAAUUUCUUCUUGCGGCUAACAUGAGAGGUUUGGAGGGUGAUAGCGGAGCUAAUUCCUUAUUCGAGACUGCAGUUGUGAGCGAUUCAUACGCAUCUGCUUCCUCCGAGCGUCUUGUGCAGCAGAUAGUGCGCCACUUGAGUCCAAAAAGACAAGAUACCAACCUUUCCAGGUCCGAGACAACUACCUCAGAGCGAGCAUUCACAGCACUAGAGUUCAUUAUCCGCCAUCGGCCGGCCCUUUUAAGUCAAAGUAAAGAGAAUCAAAUGGAACUUACCGCUAUACUUCUUGAGGUUACCGAAUUGUCCGACAAGUCUCUUGCGUCUAGGGCACAGGUUCUGAAGCACGCGAUUGAAACAACAUCUGAGCAGGUAGAGGAAAACAACCAUGGCGCCACUCUUGAAUUACUGCGAUGGAAUUUGGAGCUGGAGCCAACAAACCAGCGUAUCUUACGUAUUGAGACGCUUAUCCAACAAGCAGAAGCCUUCAAAACCAAACAUAAAAGUAGCUUCCCUGCUACUUCUCUUUUCCCAAAUGCGGAGAAGUGGUCUGCUUGUUUGACACCUGUAUUAGCUAGAGCUCCGAAUCCCGCCUUGGGUGUCAUGAGACCUUUUAAUGGCGCGGUGCUUUUAGGCAAUUUGCAAUCAUCGGUCAAGAGUCCCAGAACCUCGGUGGUCGAUACAUCGUUUGCGAUUUCCGUUCGAAUGGCAUUGUACACAUCUCACUUCAUCGAGGAUAUUAAACUGAUGGCUCGUGUGCCCACUGAGGAACUACUUAGCUUACUUCAUGCUUUGCUAUUAACUGUUGAGGUCGUUAGCGACGAGCUUGACCUAUUGGCCGCUGGCGAAACCCCCGACUGGGCUUUUGGUAUUGUCGAAGAUGAGAUAGAUGAGCUGCGUUUGUUCGCGUCUAAAUCUUACUUGACGCCGCUUCUAGAUAAUGCCAAGGGAUGGGAAAGCAGCUCUAACGAAACCAACGACAAUCACUCGGUCAGGGUCAUUCGCGGUCUCAUCAAUGUGUUUUUACAACACGCGAAUAACGGACCAGGACAAUACUACGCUACGAAAGCUUUGAGCCAUUUGGUAUCGAAUUUGGUGAGUAUUCAUGGCUGGGAUGUUGUCAGUGGCGAGGCCUGGCUAUCAAGUUUGAAUAUUUUCAAUUCUUCGUCAACGAAUACGUUUGGUGCGGUUGCACUACUCACCGGAAUGGAGACGGACGGGUCAAGUAGCAAGCUCAUCAAUACCUAUUGCAACCGUCUUGUUAGCGACAUUGCUGGAGCUUCUGCUACCGCAGAGAAAACUUUUAUUGCUCUUGUCAAGUUGAAUGCUGCAUUAGCGGUUUAUCAAGAGGAUGAAAUUCCCGUCGCGUCAAAUCGCUUGAUAUUUGCGGUCAAGCAGAUCUCAUCUUGGUCUCCCGAUCUCGCUACCACGAAUAGAUAUGUUGCAGCGGAAGCCUGUAGAGCAUUGCAAAUUCUGUUACCCGCAAUCAAAGACGUUUACGGCACAUAUUGGGAAUCUGCUCUUUCCCUCUGCACUUCGAUAUGGGAAUCUAGCGAAAUUGGAAACCUGUCCGAUGAAGAUCUUCCAAUGAUUGGAAUGUCACUCAAGCUUUAUUCGAUCUUGCGGAAAAUGGAAGAUGCCAAUGAUGAUCUAGAGGAGGCCUUGGCUAAACAGGCCCAGCCCAUAUCUAACGCACUUGUUCGUUUGCUCAAGUUGGGAAGGGAAAAGGAACAUCAACCCUCGGAAUUUGUGGACACUCUUCUCUUGAGGCAAUUGCGCUAUGUUUCAGCUGAGAAAGUUGAAGAUGCCGACGAACUUUACCCGUUGCUUGCUUCUGAAAACAAAAAUUUGCAGUCCGCCGCGUACGAUCUUCUACAAAGGGCUUUACCACAGAUUCAACAGCAGAUAUCCGUAAAUGUGCUGCUAGAAGGAAAAGUUGCACGACUUCCCGACGAGCUCCUCUCACUCUUACUUGAUCCGCCAUCAAUCGAGAACUUCUCUGACGAACAACUUGACGAAUUUCCCCUAACAAUCAGAGGUUACUUAUUGUCGUGGCAUCUAGUAUACGAAUCGUACGCCAAUGCUUCCCUCAAAGUUCGGACCGAUUACAGCGAGCUUCUAAAGUCAGAAAACUACAUCGACCCACUUCUCACCCUUCUCUUCGAUUUGCUGAGUACAUACAAUGGCAUUUCCGGUGACCUGAGCAAGUUUGAACCAUCAAUGAUCAGCCGUUAUGAAAUUUGGACCGCAUUCGAUUCCGAAUCUCCCAAGCGCGACAUGUCUUGGCUUCUGGUAAAUCUUUACUACCUCUGUUUGAAAUACACCCCCAACCUGACCCGCAACUGGUGGCUCGAUUGCAAAUCCAAGCAAAUCAAACUUGCAGCAUCCAAAUUGACGGACAAAGUAUUUUCACCAAUAUUGAUUCAAGAGGUCAAAGACGACGUAACCAAAUGGGCAUCCGAACAAGAUACCACUGAUGACAAGAAAGAAUUGAUUGUCAAGACCUCUAAGAACUCAGCCGAUAUACUGGCAGGCGUGGAGAUUGAUGAGACGAUGAUGCAAAUUGUGGUUAGCCUACCAACCGAGUAUCCAUUGCAGGGUGUCGAGGUCAGGGGCGUGAAUCGCGUGGCGGUUAACGAGAAGACUUGGAGAGCGUGGCAGGUUAUUGCGCAGGGUGUUAUGCGUCUUAAUACUAUCGUCGACGGCCUAAUCCUCUUCCGCGACAAUGUCGGUGCUGCCAUGGCCGGCAAAACUGAAUGUGCAAUCUGCUACUCUAUCAUCGCAACUGAUAAACGCAUGCCGGAUAAACGAUGUGGCACUUGCAAGAAUCUGUUCCAUGCCGGGUGUUUGUAUAAAUGGUUUCAGACUAGUAAUCAGAGUACUUGUCCAUUGUGUCGGAAUCCGUUUACAUAUGGGGGUGAUGGGCAAAGGAGGAGGGCUGAGGAAUGA